AUGUCUGGCGUGAUUUACUCCGAGUUCUACCCCCAUCCCAUCCGCAGCUAUCUCGCGGCAACGCACGCACGCACGCACGCGUGCACGUGUGUUUACCUCGAUUUAAUCCGAGUUCUACGACCCCUAUUCUACCCCCAGCUAUCUCGCGGCAAGGCGGAGGCGGAAGCUUUCCUCGAAGCUUUGAAGGAAGAGCUGUCCAAGGUCCGCGAGGAGGGGCUGGUGUCCUCGAAGGGAUGGGAGGACGAGAGGGCCAAUGCCGCCAGGGGGUGGGCGGCCGCGAGGGAGGCGGAAGAGGGGCUGAAGCUGUCCAACGGGAGAAUUGAAGAGGUGUACGGCAAGCUGAUACUGCUAGCCAGAGGCUACAAGAGCCUCGAGGAGGACUCCCGCUGCCAGGCCGUAGAAGGGGAGCGCCUGUUGGUGGAAUCGGAAUCCAAGACCAAGCUUCUCCAGGAACAGGCUAGGGAAGAGGAGAGGCGACAUCGCUUGACCAAGGCCGCCGUCAAGGACGGGGAGGCGUCGCUUCGAAGGGCCGAGCAAAGGCUGGCGAAAGUGUCGGAGGAGGCCGCGGAAGCUCAGGCCGCCGCUGGAGCCGCCAAAGCCGCGGCGCGGGAGUUGGUGGAGAAGGCGGCAUCGGCAGACAGGGAGGCGGGGAUAAGAAGGGAGGAGUUGGCCGGGUUCAAGGCGGAGUUGGAGCGGUUGAGGGCCGCCUGUGCCGAGAAGGACGUGGAGUUGGCGAACAAGUCCAAGGAGCUGGGCCAGCAGGCUGGGAUAAUCGACUACAUCAACAAGCUCAGCAGCAACGCGGCUGCCGAGGCUGCUGCCGCUGGAGGCAACAAGCCUGUAAUUGCCAAUCUCGUGCCGGCUCAAGCGGUUACCCUGCACGGUAGCAGCGGUGGUAGCGGAGAUUCAGUCACGCAGGUUCCGGCUUCUGCGGGACACCCGCAUGCUGUCUAGCCGGGCUCUGGCAAAAGGCCUCACUUUCGUAUGUAUGGGCAAUUUCUUGUUGGCCCUCAUGUGUACCAGAGCAAUUCGGAGGCUGCGAGAUUACCCACUUGACCACCGGGGCGACCGGUGUAUGUUCCUAGGCGAAAGGUUGACACGGUAGGUCAACACAGACUGGGUACGAGAUCUCCCGUGUUAUACGAAUUGUCUUCGGCACAGCAGAACCGCGCAGGUACUCAAGCACCGUAUUCGAAAAUUAUCAUUGUUUCUCUGUUUUGUAAGACGUAAAUACAAGAGGGGGUGAAACUUGUAUACGGCGGUAAGAUCGAGGGUUGGGAUGGAGUGUACAGAAGAAAGUGCACAGCUGAUAUUCCAACGUGUUUGUAGUUGGGCAACCAGGGUGGUACAGAAUGAGAAAGUUUUUUUGGU